AGCUGGUUGACUGAAUGUGACCGUAGAAGAAGCCGAAAGGACAAAACCGCUACCGGGAGGUCGUUCGCUCUCUCUCUUCCUCGGAGCGGCCGGUUUGCAGCUAAGCGGAGGCGCCAUCUUAAGACGCACGGAAACAGAGCUCCGCGGACGCACACAGGACCCACCACCGCCAUGUAUCCCUCGACUUUGACGCAGCUUGCCCGGGCCAAUCCGUUCAGCGCCCCCCUGUUCACGCUCCAGAAAGUGGAGGAACCACAGCAGAGUCUUCACGGGCAGAGGACACGCAGACUGGCAGCAGCCGCCACGGCAGACGACGAAUUUAGCUGCGAGUUUGGCUCCUCAAAGUACUAUGCCCUCUGUGGCUUUGGGGGUAUCCUGAGCUGCGGCCUGACACACACGGCAGUAGUACCCCUCGAUCUUGUCAAGUGUCGUCUGCAGGUUAACCCAGACAAGUACAAGAGCAUCGGCAACGGGUUUUCUGUGACUGUGAGGGAGGAUGGGGUCAGAGGCUUGGCGAAGGGCUGGGCCCCCACCUUCAUCGGCUACUCCAUGCAGGGACUCUGCAAGUUUGGCUUCUAUGAAGUGUUUAAGAUCUUUUACAGUGACCUACUUGGAGAGGAAAACUCCUACAUGUGGAGAACAUCGCUAUACCUUGCCGCCUCCGCCAGCGCCGAGUUCUUCGCCGACAUCGCUCUGGCUCCUAUGGAGGCUGUCAAAGUGCGCAUCCAGACCCAGCCCGGCUACGCCAACACCCUUCGGGAGUGUGUCCCCAAGAUGUACGCCGAGGAAGGUCUCUGGGCAUUUUACAAGGGUGUGGUACCUCUGUGGAUGAGGCAGAUUCCUUAUACCAUGAUGAAAUUUGCCUGCUUUGAGCGCACGGUGGAGAUGCUCUACAAGUAUGUGGUCCCCAAGCCCCGCAGCGAGUGCAGCAAAUCUGAGCAGCUGGUGGUCACCUUUGUGGCUGGUUAUAUUGCUGGUGUGUUUUGCGCCAUCGUGUCCCACCCUGCUGAUUCUGUGGUGUCCGUGCUGAACAAGGAGAAGGGAAGCACCGCUGUCCAGGUCCUCAAGAGGCUAGGACCCAAAGGUGUGUGGAAGGGCUUGAUCGCCCGUAUAAUCAUGAUCGGUACCUUGACGGCCCUGCAGUGGUUCAUCUACGAUUCGGUGAAGGUCUACUUCCGUCUGCCCCGCCCACCUCCCCCUGAGAUGCCCGAGUCCCUGAAGAAGAAGCUUGGUCUGGAGUAAGACCACCAUCACCACCACUCCCUUCCCACUAGGUGGCAACCAUCACGUGACAUCCAAUUUUUAUUUUUCCCCAAAUUCCUUUCAUCAGUUUUUCUAUAUUUAUGGCCUCAGUCCAGCUGUUUCAACGAGCGGGGGCUAUAAGUACUCGUAUGUAUUCAACACUCAAAGUCAUGUGAUAAACGAGCUGAGCAAAGAAUAUUUCCUCGGUGUGCAGCACUUCUGAUUUUUCUUCUGUUCCUGUGAUUUGAAAAAUGGAAAUUAAAGACAGUUCCUCGGGAAAGUUUCUCAUUUUUAAAUUCAUCCACGUCUAUAGAAAUGUAACGGGACAAAUUUUGCCGACCGGAAAUGUCAACUAUUACGUUAUGCCCAUAAUGUGCUUGGGUGCAGGUGUUAGUUUGUAGAUUGCAGUUGCGGUCAUGUUAUGUAGAAUAUUGCUCGUUGAAUUAUGAAAUAUAAUAACGGAAUGAUGGCAAGCCCCAAUUCCGAUGAGGUUGGGAUGUGUAAAAUGUAAAUAAAAAUGAACUUUGAAAUGCU